AUGACAUUUGCCUUUGACCAUGUGUCAGUGACCCAGUCCCAAAACUCGGAGCCCAGACAUGGAGGAAACUGUAGAAGUAAACGAAGCUUUCCAGAGAUUGACACGCUACGUGUACAGGAAGCCGAAUCCGUACCCGAAGGCAACAAAAAGACUAGGGGCCAUUCUACUGGUGGUAAACAUCGCCAUACCCAUCGUCAAGCUCACUAUCGGGUUCACGCACAUCGGGGAUUGUCCAACGAAUCCUUACGUUCCUUUAUUUCUAUGUAUCACAGGAAUCCUGCAGCUCAGUUUCGUCGUGACGUUCGUCAUAAAAAUCCUGUCCAAGAUGGCCUUCCAGUUGGUGCUAGGUGUGGCGUGUUUAAGCAUGUUCCUUAUCGGAUCUGUCACUACCUUUGCCGAGUACCAGCCCGAUUUCUACCUUGAUUCUUGGAGGUACUGCGAUUACAGUUUGUUCAUCUUUGCAUACUAUUGUUACAUUGUAGAGUAUCUGCUCUUGUCCGUGAUCACGCUGUACGUUUGUAUCGUAUUUGCGUUUUAUAGCGUUAAGGAGUAAAAUUUAAUCUGAUAUUUGAAUCAAUGUUUUGUUUGGUCAGUAUCCUUGAAGUAGGCUAAAAGAAAAUGUUGAGCUUGAAAUUCUGG